AUGCUUGCAUCGAUUCUUACUGUAGCCUGUUUGGCGGUUACGACCAUUGCCUCGUGGGAUGGCAACAUCAACUUCAACAGCCCUUCGCUACAGCACCGAGAUUUGGGUCUUGAUGUGGCCAAGAUUCAGAAGCGUACUGGUCUUGUCGCGAGACAGACGACCAACUUUACGGACAGCCAACUCAACUUCACUCACGGCGUAGCUUCUGGCGACCCAUAUCCAAAUUCGGUGAUUCUUUGGACAAGACUUGCUCCCAGCCUCGCGAGUGACCGGUCCAAUGUCACUGUGUCUGGUACUGCUGCGUUCUACAACCAUGAGACUGAGGAGUACAUCAGAGCCUCGAAACACAAGGUUUGCACCCAGUGGCGCAUUACCAGCGACGCGAAUCUCACUCGAGUGGUCGACCAUGGAACGGCUUACACCACAUCCGAUAUUGACUUCACCAUCAAAGUUGAGGCGAAGAAGCUGCGGCCGUUUACCACCUACUACUAUCAAUUCACCCAAUGCGGUACAACAAAUCGCUCCCCUGUCGGUCGCACCAAGACAUCUCCCUCCGCAGACCAGAAGAUCGACAAGAUCGGACUUGCCGUCUACUCGUGCUCAAACUACCCGAACGGAUACUUCAAUGCUUAUGGCAAUGCCGCCCGUAAAGAUCGUGUCGAUUAUGUCAUUCACUUGGGAGACUACAUCUACGAGUCCAGCGUCGGUGUGCAAGGCCGCGAUGCCCGUGCGACCAACCCAAGCCGCGCUCUCCUCACACUGUACGACUACAGGACUAGAAUCGCCCAGUACAGAACCGACGCCGACUUGCAGCUCUCACACCAGAAGUUUGCUUGGAUUGCGACAUGGGAUGACCACGAAGUUGCUAACAAUGGUUAUCGCGAUGGCUUCAGCGCGAUGAACAACACUGAAGACUCAUUCCUUCGCUUUGGUGGUGUCAGUGUCGAUCAGCGUAAGAUGAAUGCCGUUCGUGCCUAUUUCGAGUGGAUGCCCAUCCGUCAGGUCAACAUGGACGACAACCUUCGAAUUUGGCGAAACUUCCAGAUGGGUACUCUUCUUGAUCUGACUAUGCUCGACACACGCAAUUAUGAUCGCUCCAUCACUGAUCUUAAUUACAAUACCGACUACAUCUACAAGAUCCACGAUGACGCAGGACGCUCCCUGAUGGGCUCCCAGCAAGAGAACUGGUUCUACAAGACUCUCAUCUCCAGCAAGAAACGUGGUGCGGCCUGGCGCAUCAUCGGCAACCAAAUCGUUUUUAGCCGAAUCAAUAUCACAUCCUGGUUUGGCACCUUUGAGAACCCCUACAACGAGGAUCAGUGGGAUGGCUAUGCUAAAAACAGAGCAAGAACCUUCCAAACACUAUACGAUCACGACAUCGGAAACAAUAUCAUGCUUGCCGGAGACUCUCACGCAAAUUGGGUUUCUGAUCUGGUCUGGUUGGAAGAGCACCCGUACGACUCUGCCACUGGCGAAGGUGCAGUGGGCGUGGAGUUUGCUGGUACCGCAGUAACAUCUUCUGGAUUCGGCGGCACCAUCCAAUCCGCCAACAACCAAUCUUCCUCCCUCGUCCGCGACAAUAGCGAGUUACAGUGGAAUGAGGGUUACUACAGAGGCUACUAUGAGCUCCAGAUUGGCUACGAUGCUGUCCACGCUUCAUACUAUGGUAUGCCGACGGUAGCUACCCGGAACCCUUUGGAGAUCAGCUUGGCCAAUUUCACUGUUGUCAAUGGCGGCAACAAGCUUCAACGUCCUGUUGCUGGGGGAAAGGUGGAGAGUGGAUUCAUCAAGACUGGGCAGGUGCAGAUGACCAACCUGACCUACAAUACGCAGAACCAGUCGUGGGCUGUCAGGAAUGACUUCAACCAGAUGUUCAUCUCGUACCCCCGCACAACGUAG